UUUACUUUUCUUUCUUUUCUUUUUUUUUUUUAUUUUCUUUUUGGAAGUACAGAGAACAUCUAUAUAUGAAACUUUCCUUUCUUAAAUUGAGCAAUGCCAAAUCUAGACCAGCCUUAAGUCUAUCAGCAGUAAGAGAAAGGUUAAUGAUAUAUCUUCUGCUUCUUGAUGAUUUUUCUACUUUCUUUCAAAACCAAAACCAACCCUUCUCUUCAAUUCUACACACACACCCAUCAAACCAAUAAAAAAUACAAGUGUUGGUUUUUGCCAAGGACAAGAUGUUCUUCAUUUGUUGGGAUCAGAUUCUCUAGUGUGAGAUUGCUCAUGAAUGCUUGACAGCAAAGUGGGGCAAAACCAAUUUAUGCAAUGUCUUUCUGCUCUCUCUCUCUCUCUCUCUCUGCGCGUGUGUGUGUGUGUUAGAUUUUCAACAGCAUUAACCUCCACCAAAAUGCUUGUUCCUUAAAUAGAGACUUGAGAUCAGCAAGUCAGCAUUUAUGAGCAGUUUGUCGGCACCCAAGCACCCAGACAGUGUUUCAAAUAAUAUUAUUGCAACACAAGAGAGGACCAUUUUGGAGCUUUUCUUUCUUCUGCUCUUGGAUUCUCUAUGCAGCUUUUGCAUGCCGAAAUUUAAGCUUUGUUUGGAUCGAAUAACUGGGUUGAUCUUGUUCACUCAGUUUUGAGCCUAUUCUUGCUUCCAAGAUUCGAUGUUUAUGUUUUGUUGUGGAAGACCUGAAGACUUCGAGACAUGUCAAAGCCAAUUGUCACCAUAAUUGGAGGUGCUGCCGGGGCAAUCGUAUUUUUCGCGGCGGUUUUAGGACUUGUGUGGUUAUGCAAGUUUCAUUGCAGAAAGUUGUCGAACAAGAACUCAGAAACAGGUUCCUCAGAUCCAUCUGCACUAGCGGAGUGGAAUAGAGGAGGGCCAAGUUCAUCAGGCGUGGCGCAGCCUCCUUUUGGGCCGGUUGGAGCGAGGCAAUUCAGAAUGGAGGAAUUGGAGAAAGCCACUAAGCACUUCAAUGAGAGCAAUCUCAUAGGAUAUGGAAGUUUUGGCUCUGUGUACAAAGGGUUUCUCCAUGAUGGGACUGUGGCUGUCAAAAGGCGAGCAGGCGCGCCUGGACAGGAAUUUGCUGAAGAGGUAGCUUCUGUGUCGGAGAUACAUCAUCGAAAUUUAGUUACUCUACUCGGUUACUGCCAGGAAAGUGGAUACCAAAUGUUGGUUUUUGAAUAUUUACCAAAUGGCAGCGUGUGCAAUCACUUGUAUGAUACUAGAAAAGAUCCUCCAACUAAACUAGAGUUCAAGCAAAGGAUAUCCAUUGCUCUAGGGGCAGCCAAAGGUUUAUGCCACUUGCACGGCCUGAAGCCUCCCAUGGUGCAUAGGAACUUCAAGACAGCCAACGUUCUGGUUGAUGAGGAAUUCAUUGCCAAGGUUGCAGAUGCAGGGGUCUCAAAACUGCUCGAGAAGAUCGAAGAAGCAGGUCCAUCCCGCGCAUCUAGUGUGAAUGUUUUCCAAGAUCCAGAGGUGGGGACAUCUGGGUUCGCGUCAGAAAUGAGUGAUGUGUACAGCUUUGGGGUGUUUCUUCUAGAGCUAGUGACUGGACAGGAGGCGUUGCGCAAUGAAAUCUUGGGAUCCAAUGAGAGCUUAGUCCAAUGGGUGGAAUCACGGCUGAGCAUAAAUAACUUCGUGGACCACCGACUAUCCGGGAGCUUCACAAUGGAGGGAAUGAGGGAUUUGAUCAGAUUGACACUGCAAUGCAUGAGCUUUCCGGGAAAAAGGCGACCAAAGAUGGCAACGGUCGUGCUUGAGCUCGAACGAAUUCAAGAGAAAGAAAUGGCAAUAACAACAGUCAUGGGAGAAGGCACUGCCACAAUCACUCUAGGAAGUCAACUGUUUAGUUGAAAAUGAAGCCAAAAAAAUUCAAAGAAAAGAAAAGGGGGGGAAAAAAAAAGUUUGUUUGUUAGUUUCAUAAUUCUUGUGCUAAGCUUAAAGCUUACCACAACAACUAACAACUUGGUCUUGGUAAAAAUUUCUGUUUUGGGGAUGAUGUAAAGUGAAUCCAAAUUGCGGUAUAUGAAAUUGUAUGCUUUGAAAUUUUCUCAAAAAAA